UAACCCAUCAACCUGACCAAUCAGAGACAGCCUCUGGACCUCUAGGCCACACCCACUUAUAGGAACGGUUUAACGUUGAUUGGCACAGCCGCUCGUUCUAUUUCUCUGAGAUCCAUGCACGCGCCUCUGCCCCCUCCCUCAUCAGCACCAGCAUCAUCAGAAGCGCGCAGAUCACGCCAAACAGCGCUGGUUCGUCAGCAGGUGUGUGACUGAAACACAAGAUAAUCGAGAUCAAUACAUCACCACCUAUGUGCGUUCUUAAUAUCUGACUCAUAUUUCUUUUGAUCAGCGUUUGGACCGUUUUAAUGGUUUGAUUCCCAUCGGGCGUCAGCAGUCAGUGUAGCCGAAAACGAGAGAGAAUAAAGCGAGAUCAUAUUUAAUAUCCGCUUCUCCAGCGUCUGUGGAUGGGCUGCGGACAUCUGCAUCUGCAGUCUCUGUUUUUGAGUCACUGAGAAGAUGGCGGACAGGGCUGAGAUGUUUUCGCUCUCCACCUUCCACUCCCUCUCUCCUCCGGGAUGCAGGCCGGCUCAUGACAUCAGUCUGGAGGAGUUUGAUGAUGAAGAUUUGUCUGAAAUCACAGAUGAUUGUGGCAUAGGCCUCAACUAUGACUCUGACCCUUACGAAAAGGACUGCUUAAUUCUAGAAAAGAAUGAUUUCCAGCACCCAGUGUGCUCAUUCCAAGAUGACUUCCAAGAGUUUGAGAUGAUCGAUGAUGAAGAUGAAGAAGAGGAUGCAGAUCCUGAUGCCCCUCCCUCACCAUCAGCAUCUCCUCCCCCUUCCCCUACACUGGGCACCCUGAAAAGCCGCCCAACCACUCUAAACCUGACUGCACCAGUUUCCCAGGACUCCUUGAACAACAACAGCAAUAUGUCUUCACGAAAGUCAAGCUGGCAGGAUUCUCUUCGAAACCCAACUUCACAGGGUUGCUUGUCUCCAAAUCACUCUUGCCUUGAGGAUGGUUCCCAUGUAACAACCACUUGCUCAGGGGCUCCAGACACCACCGGCUCUGCCAAUGGUACACCCACAAACUCACCAGGACAUUGUGGUCUUCAUCAGUCACCUGGUAGGCCGCUGCUGUAUGACUUUGAGGGCAACAGAAAAGAACGACCUGAAUAUGGCUCCUUUGGUCAACAUAACUCGUCAAGCGGGUCUGAGGCAAAUAAGGUAAAAGCUGAUGUUGAGGAAUCCACUCUAAGCGAGCUUGUUCCCGCUGUGGAAGACUGCACUUCUCAGUGCUCUGAUACCGAGGUCGACCACGACCUGAAUGGUCAUACCAAACGUCGACCUUGCCACUCUCGACCCAAUGACACUUAUACCGUGACUACAGAGACUGCUUAUGACCCAGAGCUGGAAAACGAUGGCACCAGUAGGUGUCUGUCCUCAACCGCACCUCUUGGUAAUGAUGCUGAGACUCCGCUAUCAGAUGAGGAGCUGGACAAAGAGUUUGACAUUGACUUCAUAAGUAAGGAUACCUAUGAUCAAACCUGCAAGGAAGAUGAGGCGUCAUCUUAUGUUGAGUUCCCCUGCAUUGAACCAGCUGAGUGUAUUUCUGUCUCAAGCUACAUGUCGUCCAGUCGAUCAGAUGUCCUUGAUGCUAUGGACGAACCUCGAAACAUGCAUCAGGGUCAACCUGUUGCAAAUGACACAACUUCUCCUUCAUCUGAUCCUGGUAUCGCUGAUAUGAAUACCAAACGCUAUGGGGAGUCAGACCGCCACAGCGAUGACCUUAGCUCUCCUGGAUCAGACUCUGAUAUUGAAGGGGAACUUGAGGCUGCAUUUGCAUGUGGUCCGCUUGCUAGUAACAUGAUUUCAUCCAUCUCAGAGACAGAGCUGGACCUGACCAGUGAAUCCAGCAGUGGCCGCUCUUCACACCUCACCAAUUCCAUUGAAGAAGCAAGCUCCCCAACCUCAGACCAAGAACUGGACCAGGAGCUGGACCCUGAACAGGACAGCGGUAUUGUAGGUCUAAAAGCUUCUCUUCUUCUGGUCCAAUCUGAGCCAGUUAAACAUGAACCUUCACCAGGUCUAGACCCCAGCCCAAACAUGUUACAACUAGAUGAUGGCCAAGCUUUGAUGGGCCUGCAGAAUGUAGAUGACGAACAGGGUUAUGAGCACCAGGCCGAUCCAGAUGAGACUCUUCCCCCUGCCAUCCCCUGCGAGGAUAGUGGCUCCCAGCAGCUGUUGUUGAAGAUUGAGCCUGACCACAGUCUUGAGAGCUUCAAACGCUCCUUCUAUUUGCCGGUUGGCCCCAAACUCAUGCCCUCUGUGGACGACUAUGAUGGUAACAGUGAGGGAGAGUCCGAUUCAGAGUCUGAGGACGAGCUCAGUGAAAACUCUGAUUCUCCUUGGCUUCUCAGCAACCUGGUCAACAGGAUGAUCUCAGAAGGCUCCUACCCAAUCAGCUGCCCAGAAGAGUGCCUCAAACGCUCAGCCUCGAUCUCUGACACCAUCUCACCCUCGUCAGACUUGGAAAUAGAUACAUUCACUGAGACGGAUGGCUGCAAUUCACAAAAGCAGAAACUGGAAGAAAAGUCACAGAAGGUGACCUCUGAAAAGUUAGAGAAGAGACUGGAUGAGGAGAAGGAGAGAGAAGCCAGCUAUGUAUCUGAAGAGGGACAGAAGGAAAGCAAGAGAAUGGACACUUGUCUGUACAUGAGCAGCCCCACAUAUGGCAAAGCUUCACCCGUCUUUACAGAGAGAUUUGAUAUGGGGUUAAAGAAUUAUGAAUCCGAGGACUUCCCAUCCCAGAACUCAUUAAAAAACAAGCAGAAAGAAGAAGAGGAGGAGGAGCCAAAUAAUGACUUGGUGAUGGAGAGAAUGAAGGAGCUGGAGUCUCCCAGCUUGAGCGAGAGCAUAAUCAGCGACAAAGACGAGGGACGGGAGAUACGGGUCGAUCAAAUCACUUUGCAGCGAAUCACAGAAGUCAAAAACAGCCUUACGCUGGACCUCCCAACAGCACAGACCAAUCACUGUUUCAGUCUUACGUACUCAACAGAUAACGAUGAAGAUGAGCAAGAUACCUCCCCUUUCUUGGAGGAUCUUCACAAGGUACCUUCACCCUACGAAAAUGAGACUUACUUGGACAGCUCCCCACCUAUUGACGAGAGUGUGUUGAGGAACACAACCUCCAACCGGCCCAUCGAUGACUCCUUGGCAUACGAUUCAAUGAAGUACACCCUUGUGGUGGAUGAAAACACAACGCUUGAGCUGGUGAGCCUGAAGCGCUGUACCUCUGUUCUAAGUGAGGACAGUGAUGGACUCUCUACUAUUUGUGAUGAGGAAGUUGUUGAUGAAGAUGAAGAUAUUUAUGGCCAGGGCCAGAUGGAAAGAGGCAUGAGACCUGAUUUGCUAUUAAGCUCCUCUGAAGAAGAUUCCUCCCCUGAGGCGGAUUUACCUUUCUCAAAGAAGUUCCUCAAUGUGUUUGUCAACAGCGCGUCACGGUCCUCCAGCACGGAGUCCUUUGGGCUUUUCUCGUGCACUAUAAAUGGAGAAGAAAGAGAUCAGACUCACAGAGCGGUCUUCAGGUUCAUCCCACGACAUGCAGAUGAGCUGGAGUUAGACGUUGAUGAUCCAUUAUUCGUUGAGGAAGAGGAGGAUGAUUACUGGUACCGUGGGUAUAACAUGCGCACAGGGGCCAGAGGGAUUUUCCCAGCAUACUAUGCCCACGAGGUUGUUGGCCAAACAAAAGAUCUGAUGACAAUGAAGAGGAACCCUGCUUGGAUGGAAAGCUUCCGAGUGCAGUUCCUGGGUUCAGUGGAAGUUCCUUAUCACCAAGGCAACGGCAUCCUGUGUGCUGCCAUGCAGAAGAUCGCUAUGGCAAGGAAGAGGACGGUGCAUCUUCAUCCCCCAUCUAUUUGUGAGCUGGAAAUAAGCCUGCAGGGUGUGAAACUAGUCAUGAGCUUGGAUGAUGAAUAUGACUUUUCAGGGGAGUUUGACAGAUGUAGUCACUUCUUCCAAAUGAAAAACAUCUCCUUUUGUGGAUGUCAUCCUAAAAACAACUGUUAUUUUGGUUUCAUCACCAAGCACCCGAUGCUGAACAGGUUUGCAUGUCACGUCUUCGUCUCUCAGGACUCCAUGAGACAUGUAGCUGAGUGUGUGGGACGGGCGUUCCAGGAGUACUACCAAGAGCACUUAGAAUACGCCUGUCCUACCGAAGAUAUCUACCUUGAGUAAAAGAGGAAGAGGGUAACCAUGGCAACUGCUGUCCCUCACGACAGAUGUCUGUUCCCGGGCUUGGCCACUACGAGGCGCCUGGCAGCCUCCUCAAAUGUAACAUAGGCCUCAUCUCUUUAUUCUCUUCCUCAGUUUCUCUUGUUCUCUCGACAUGAACUGAGUUGAAUACUCUACAUAGGCUCUUAGUGGUCUGUCUGUUUAUUUCAUUGGUCAUCAGUUCAUUUAUUCUCUUCAUUGAGAUGGAUUGCUUGUUUAACUUUUCUACUAUAUAAUUAGGGACAUGGUUUUGGGGUGGAUACAUCACUUCAGUUUCUUUUUUCUUUAUAUAUAUAUAUAUAUAUAUAUAUAUAUAUAUAUAUAUAUAUAUAUAUAUAUAUAUAUAGUCCUGGUGUAGAAAAGGCAAAAUAUGACUUUACUUGUUUGAUUGCAUGGCUUUGAGGGUUAUGCUCACAAACACACACAAUGUCUAAAAGUGAAAGACGAUCAGAGGUUUGAAUCUGAAGACCAGGAUUGUUUGUAAAUAUGUAUUUGUCUGAUUCUGAUACAUUGCUGUACUGGGUUUGUACUAAAAAGGACAAGGCAGUAGGACGUGACCUGGAGUCGUUGAUAGGUCUACAGAUUGUCUGUUCCGAUGUAGUAGAAGGUUUCUGAUUUUACCGUGAUGUAAAUACUGUACAAAUAGGGAUGACUGUAGGUGAAAACAGAUGCUUCAUUACAUCAUGGUAUGCAAGUAUCCUGGGCCAUCUGUUUGAGAAUGAGAAAGUGGGAUGGAUUGCAGGUCGGCAGGCUGGGUACAGUAGAUGAAUCUAGAGACGGUUUGGUGAAUCUCAGGAGUCAUAUCUGGAAAAUAUCUGACCCCAAAAUCACAAAGAUGAAGGCUUUUUGCAACUGUGACAUUAUUUUAAUCUCAAUUUUUAACACCCACAAUUACUGUAAUGCAUCCAGAUAUUUCAGUUUUUUGCAUAAUUUUUUACAAUUAUUAUUUAUUUGCAAUGCCAUUGUGACAUUAGCAUCACAGUUAAACACCCACAAUUACAGUAAUGCUUUAGUUUUGGGUCUAUUUAUAGUUUUAGUUGAUUUUCAUUACUGAUUCUCAGGAAUACAGUAAUAAAAAUCAUCCUGUCAAUAUUUUUAUUUUUAAUCAGCAUGCAAUUAAGGCUGUGCUACAAAUAUUACCAUUAAAUAUAAGCAAGGAUUUUAUCAUUAAUUAAUAUCAAUAUUUAUUCAUAUGAUAAUGAUUAUAUUUUUAUUAUAAUCAUUAUUAAUACAAAUAAUAAACAAAAAAGCAAAAUUAUAUUUUUUUAUUUAGCUGUAUUGGAUGAUGAGAUGAUCAAAUGUUCUUAAGUCUCAUAAUUUACA